AUGCAAGGGCAGUUCCAGCAGCCAGUGGAGAUUUCUCCUGAGCUGGAGAAGAGACUCAGUGAUUUCUCUCCGAAAAUCUUUGUUCUAAAGGAGACUCUGAAGAAAUUGAAAGAUACCCUGCCCUCCGAACUGGAGAGAGAAUGGGCGAAUGUGACUCUGGAUCCAGACACGGCUCAUCCCCAACUCGUCCUGUCUGAGGAUCGGAAAGGCGUGAGGCGGGGACACACGUGGCAGCAUCUUCCCGACAAUCCGGAGAGAUUUGACGCUGAGCUCUGUGUGCUGGGCUGUGUGGGGUUCACCUCGGGGCGACAUUGCUGGGAGGUGGAGGUGGGGGAUGGAGGAGGCUGGGCUGUGGGAGUGGCCAGAGAGUCUGUGAAGAGGAAGGGAGAGUUCAUCUUUGGACCUGAGAAGGGGAUCUGGGCUGUGGGACUGUGGAGGAGUCGGUACUUGGUUAUCACCUCUCCUGCGACACCCCUGUCCCUGAGCUGGGUGCCCAGGAGGAUCCGGGUCUCUCUGGAUUAUACACAGGGGCAGGUGGCAUUUUUUGAUGCUGAUAGUGAAGCGCCGAUCUUCACUUUCCCACCAGCCUCAUUCACGGGGGAGCGAGUCCGCCCCUGGCUCUGGGUGGAGAUGGGAUCCCAGCUCAGGCUGUGCCCCUGAGACGCGGGGUGAAAUUCACCGCUGCACCUUUCCUCCAGGCAGAGGCUCCCCCGGCACCUGGACUCCCCGUCUCUGGCCAAGUGCAGGGAGCCUCUGAACUGACACAACCUCGGGUUGCUGGAUGUGAUUAGGGCAGAGAGCCCAAUCCCAUUGCCCAGUCUGGUCCUAUCCACUCUGAUUCUGGAGAGCUCUGGCAAUCUGCCGGGCAGAUAGAGGAAGAGGAAUCCAGAGGGUAGGGACAAAGGUGGGGACUGGAGAGCAGUUUUACUCCAGUGACUUCACUCCUGAUUUACACUAGGGUGGGUGAGAGGGGAGUCAGCCCCAGUGACUCCGGAGGGGUCACUCCUGAUUCACAUUGGAAUGAGUGAGGCCAGGAGGGAAUCACAUCCAAUGGGAGUGACUCCUGAUUCACACUGGUGUGAAUGAGAAGGGAAUCAGCCCCAAUUAUUCCAAUGGGAGACAUGGCUAGAAAGGGUUAAACAUCUGGUGUUUUUUUGUAUUUACAUAUGUAUGAGUAGCGUCUACAAUGUAAUCAACAGUCCCUGUUUAUGCUGUAUUCUGAUAAUUCAGAGGUCAAAAGAAGAUCCUAUCACUUAAAUGAAUUUUAAACACGGGAUAUUGUGUUAUUCAUCUCUCUUUGAAAUGUACUGUGAAUGGUGGAGGAACAAGCAAAUGGCCUUUGUUAAUUCGUAUAGCUCCUUCAAAGUCAUCCUAAUUACCUUGUUUCUCCUGAGGAACUCCAACUUGUCAAAAGACAUGAAAUUGUACAAAAGAUCCUUGGAUCUGGAUUCUGUCAUCUCAGAUCUGCUUAAGCUUCAUCAGGGGAAGUUUGAGUCACAAGAUUGAGGUCCCAGUUAGGCUGACACUCACUGAAGGUGAUAUUGGACAUUGGACUAUAAUCUAGGAACUAUUUCUGAAAGAACUCUUUGCAACCACAAAGCUCACCAUCUCUGCUAUGAAUCUGCACCUCAAUAAAUUGAACUCAUGUCUGUAUGUAUAUUGA